CUCAGGAAAGUGAAUCUGGGUUAGUGACGACACUUCCCCCUCUCUUCUUGGAUUUAUCCUCGAAGUUUUUUUUUUCUCUCCCCUCUGAUCCAGGACGCUGUGAAGUGAACUUUUUCUCAGAUUGUUUUUCUUUUUUUCCAACCCAAAGUUAAAAAAAAAAAACACCGCUAUGUCGCCGCCGUCUCGACGGCUUCAGACGAAGCCAGUGAUAACCUGCCUGAAGACUUUCCUCAUCUCCUACAGCCUCAUAUUCUGGUUCACAGGCGUCAUCCUGCUGGCAGUCGGGGUGUGGGGGAAGGUGAGCCUGGAGGCCUAUCUCUCCGUGGCUUCUGAGGAGAGCACCAAUGCACCAUAUGUCCUCAUCGGGACUGGAGCCACCAUCGUUAUUUUUGGACUGUUCGGUUGCUUCGCUACAUGCCGCGGCAGCCCAUGGAUGCUCAAACUGUAUGCCAUGUUUUUGACCUUGGUGUUCCUGGCUGAGCUGGUGGCAGGCGUCUCAGGCUUUAUCUUCAGACAUGAGAUCAAAGCCAAAUUAGGCAUUGCCUAUAGAAAUGCUGUGAAGUCCUACAAUAGCACCGACAGCAGGAGCACUGCAGUUGACACCAUCCAGAGGACUUUGCAUUGCUGUGGGGUGACAAAUUAUACUGACUGGAGCGAAACGGCUUACUUUAAAGAGAAGGGCAUCCCUGCCAGCUGCUGUAAAGACAACACCAAGUGCUCACAGGAGACUCUGAAAGACCUCGACAAGGCUGAGAAAGAGGUGUACCCAACGGGCUGCUUCGCACUGGUUACCCACGUGAUGGAGGCAAACCUGGGAAUCAUUGCAGGGAUCUCUUUUGGGAUUGCAUUCUUCCAGCUCAUUGGGAUAUUCUUGGCCUGCUGCUUGUCUCGAUACAUCACCAACAACCAGUAUGAGAUGGUCUAACAGUGACCUUUCACAGGUUACUGAUGGGCAGCUCCUGGUGAAAACUGAGUAAAAUGAAUCUCCUGUGAUUUUAAUAUUGUGUGUGUUAGUUAUUAUCAUUUUAGAGAGGGAAAAACACUCACUGCUUCAUGUUUUACACAGUCCCAGCAAUGACAACCAAACAGAAGGGAAUAAUGUUAAAGGAAAAUCAAAAAGGGACAAUACCUGCAGCGUAGCUUGACCAAAAAGAAAAGGGACCUGGACAUUUCGGAGAUCAGUGUUACUCCUGAGAUUUAAUUAGGGAUUAGAUGUCAUUGCAUAGAUGUUACGUUUUUCAUUUGAGCUAAUUAACUCUACCAGUUUCUUUUGUCUUUGUAUAAUGCAGUUGCCUUAUUUUGUAAUUUUGCUAUGAUUAGUCUGUAGUCUGUAGCAGAUGAAAUCUAGACAAUAAGCUGAUAAAUGUUCAGCUUCUCUGCAACAUUAAGUGAAUUUCUGUGUGAAACACAUUUAGCCUGAGAGAUGGACAAGAGGUCGCCACCCUGAAAUCAAGUUUGUGUGAUUUACAGUAACGACUUGUGAGUUGUGUGGAAAAUGAGCCUUACUAAUGACCUUGUAGGCCAGUAUUGUUGAAAGCCAGCGUUCGUGUGUGCCAAUUACCGCAGCCCAGCCACCUUUAUUUCACAGUUUUCAGUGUUAAAUUGUUAUUCUUUUGUGGAUGCAUGUGAAAUACUUGAAAAAAAUAAAGAUGAAAUCCAGUAUCUUUA